AUGUCUAGAAAUACGCCCUUGUGUCUGUCCCAAUGCUCGUGGGACGAAGAUAUUUUCUGCUUAAUAUUUUCGUUAACACCCAAAUUCACAGUUAUUUUCCUUUCGUUGAUUAAUCUUUCUUUCUUUCUGUCUUUCAUUCUUUCUUUCUUCCUUUCUUUCUUCCUUCUUUCCUUCACCCGAUUAAAUGUUUUUUUCAGUUAUUUUCCCCACGUUUAUUACUCUUUCUGUCUUCGAUUAAAUGUCUUUUUCCAAAUUUUCCCCUCGUUCUAUAUUCAUUUUUUCUUUUUUUUUCUUUCUUUCUUUGUUUUUUUUUUUUUCUUUCUUUCUUUCUUUCUUUCUUUGAUUAAAUGUUUUUUCACUUUUUUCCUAUUCGUUCUUUAUUCAUUUUUCUUUCUUUCUAUCUUUCUUUAUUUCUUUAUUUCUUUAUUUAUAUAUAUAUUGUUUUUUUUUUAUUUAUUCUCCUCCCGUUCAUUACUCUUUCUUUCUUCGAUUAAAUGUAUUUUUUCCAGUUUUCCUCUCGUUCUUUAUUCAUUUUUCUUUCUUUCCUUCUUUCUUUCUUUCUUUCUUUCUUUGAUUAAAUGUCUUUUUUCACUGUUUCCUCAACGUUUUUUUAUUCAUUUUUCUUUCUUUCUUUCUUUCUUUAUUUAUUUAUUUAUGCCAAUUACUUUCUUUUUUCAGUUAUCUUCCCUUGGUUCAUUAAUCUUUGUUCUUUCCUUCCUUCGAUUAAAUGUUUUUAAGUUAUUUCUUCGAUUAAAUGUCUUUUUCCUAGUUUUCCUCCUCGUCUUUCUUCCUUUCUUGCUUUCUGUCUUUCUUACUUUCUUUCUUUCUUUGAUUAAAUAUGUUUUUCACUGUUUUACUCUUCGUUCUAUAUUCAUUUUUCUUUCUUUCAUUCGUUCUUUCUUCAUGCUUCAUUCUUCGAGUACCUUCUUUUUUUUCCUUCACUUUUUUCCCUCGUUUCUCAGUUUCUCCUUGCUUUCUUUCUUCCUUUUUUUCUUUGUGCUUUUGUGGCUCUUUCUGCUUUCAUGGCUUUUCCCCCUUUCUUACUUUCUUCGAAUUAUUUUCAUUCUUUCUUUCACAUCUUUCUUUUCCUCUCGUACGUCACCCUUAAUUUCUUUCUUUCUUUAUUUCAAUUAUAUAUUAAUUUUAACUUAUUUCUGA